CCGCACCAAAGCCACCGUUCCCUACAGUUCACCCCUGCCUGCAUCCACUCCACACCAGCAACCCAGUCACAGCUCACAUCCCCCGACACACCGCGCAGAGAAGCACGGGAGCAGUACAGCCCAGUCGCGGACGCGCAGUGGAGAUCGCCAGGCUCCAGCGAGGGGAGAGGGAGGAAGGGGGGCCGGCGACCUGCGUGGGCUCGCUCCGGCCCGAGCUCUCCGCGCCGCCUCGGCGCAAUGCCGGCCGCUUCCGGGGCAGAUCGGGCUGGUCCCUGGCCGCGGCGCUCGAUUGGUGCGCUCCUCGCGUGACUCUGGUCGGAAGGUCGGAUCUUGAGGCGGGCGUCCGGGGAGGGAGGCGCCUGGCCUUUUCUCGAUUUUUGCAGCCUGCCAAAGAAGAGUGAAGAGCCGAUUUGUAAACUUGGACUGUGAAGUUGAAACCUAUUCGAUUCCAGAAAACCUCAACCAUGCAGCAUCUUAUACUUGCAGCCUUGUCUGCUGCUGUUCUUUCUGCAUGCCUCCUGCAUGCGGAAAGUGCUGAUCUGAACUCUGACAAGCAGGCUCUUCUUGCAUUUGCUGCAUCACUGCCCCAUGGCAGGAAGCUCAACUGGAGCUCCACAACACCUCUCUGCACUUCUUGGGUGGGAGUGACAUGCACACCGGACAACAGUCGUGUACACACAUUACGCCUACCUGCAGUAGGGCUCUUUGGCCCCAUACCCUCGGAUACGCUUAGCAAGCUUGAUGCCCUGGAGGUAUUGAGCCUCAGGUCCAAUCGCCUUACUGUUGACCUCCCUCCUGAUGUGGGAUCUAUUCCUUCUCUUCAUUCCCUCUUUCUUCAGCAUAAUAACCUGUCUGGAAUUAUACCAACUUCCCUUUCUUCCAGUUUAACAUUUCUAGAUUUGUCCUACAACACUUUCGAUGGAGAAAUCCCAUUGAGAGUGCAAAAUCUCACUGGACUUACUGCAAUUCUUCUCCAGAACAACUCUCUUUCUGGGCCUAUCCCUGACCUCCAACUGCCCAAAUUGAGGCAUUUGAAUGUGAGCAACAACAACCUCAGUGGUCCAAUACCACCUUCCCUGCAGAAAUUCCCAGCCAGUUCCUUCUUGGGGAAUGCUUUUCUAUGUGGGUUUCCAUUGGAAUCAUGUCCUGGAACCGCACCUUCUCCUUCCCCAACAUCACCAUCACCAAUGCCUAGCAAGACCAAAAAGAGCUUCUGGAGAAGGAUUAGAACUGGUGUUCUAAUUGCUGUUGCUGCUGCAGCAGGGGUGUUGUUGCUCAUUUUGAUUAUCGUACUCUUGGUGUGUAUUUUCAAGAGAAAGAAACACACAGAACCUACCACAACUUCGUCGUCCAAAGGAAAAGCUAUUGCAGGUGGAAGGGUAGAAAACCCUAAGGAAGACUAUAGCAGUAGUGUUCAGGAAGCAGAGAGGAACAAACUGGUGUUCUUUGAGGGUUCUUCAUAUAAUUUUGACCUGGAGGAUUUGCUGAGAGCUUCAGCUGAAGUGCUUGGAAAAGGAAGUUAUGGGACUACCUACAAGGCUGUUCUUGAGGAUGGCACCGUAGUUGUGGUCAAGAGGUUAAAGGAGGUGGUGGUAGGGAAGAAAGACUUUGAACAGCAGAUGGAGAUAGUUGGCAGGAUUGGCCAGCACCAAAAUGUUGUUCCAUUGCGUGCUUAUUAUUACUCCAAGGAUGAAAAGUUACUGGUGUAUGACUAUGUCCCAUCUGGUAGCCUUGCCGCUGUUUUGCAUGGGAAUAAAACUACGGGAAGAGCUCCAUUGGACUGGGAGACCAGAGUAAAGAUAUCUCUUGGUGUGGCUCGUGGAAUCGCUCAUCUUCAUGCUGAGGGAAGCGGGAAGUUCACCCAUGGCAAUCUCAAAUCAUCGAACAUCCUUCUGUCGCAGAACCUCGACGGUUGUGCCUCUGAGUUUGGCCUGGCACAGCUCAUGAGCAAUGUACCUGCUCCUGCGCGGCUUAUCGGAUAUCGUGCUCCAGAAGUCAUGGAGACGAAGAAGCCAACCCAGAAGUCUGAUGUCUACAGCUUCGGUGUGCUACUCCUUGAAAUGCUAACUGGGAAAGCCCCUCUCAGGUCUCCGGGACGCGAUGAUUCCGUCGGCGACCUUCCGAGAUGGGUGCAGUCCGUGGUCCGAGAAGAGUGGACGGCAGAGGUCUUCGACGUGGACUUGUUAAGGCAUCCAAACAUCGAAGACGAGAUGGUCCAGCUGCUCCAGGUCGCGAUGGCGUGUGUCGCCAUCCCCCCUGAGCAGCGGCCUAAAAUGGAGGAGGUGGUCGGGAGGAUCACCGAGAUCCGGAACUCCUACUCGGGGGCGAUGACGCCGCCGGAGGAGACAACCCUGGCGCCGCCAUAAGGGCACAAAGAUAUAACCCCUUGUAUUCAGCAGAUGUAGCUAUAGCUAGGUCGCUUAGUUACAUGCUUAUAGAUAAUAGCCUCAGCAAAGUUGAUAGCCGCUUGCUUUUACCUGUUGAUCUCUGAUGAUUCUUUGUUCCAAGUAACUUUUGCUGUGCCAUUUUGGCAGUAGCGAACUAGUGAUCGGGAUGAUGGCCCUUGCCGUCGUUCUCUUUUCGGUUAAACCGGUAGGUCUUGUGAUCUGGUCUUCACAGCGUUCGUGCUCUUCUGUAAUUCGGCAUUGUUUUUCCCGAGUGUGAUUGAGAUUCAUCCAACUUAACUUCC